UUAAACGUCAAUGAAAAAUACUAACCUGUGAAGCACACAAAAAACAAUUGUAAACAGUGUCUGUUUUUGUAAAAGGAAAAAAUGUACUUAUUUGUAUGAAAUAUUCCCCAUCUUUGAAAAACUAUAUAAAAAUUAUUCCGUUCAAGUGAAUAAUUUUUGAAGAGUGAAAAAAAGAUAGUUUAAAAAAAUGAGUGGACAAAUAAUCUUGGCAACCGGAGGCUAUGACCAUACAAUAAAAUUAUGGCGAGCUGAAACGAAAGAUUGUAUUAAAAGUAUGCAGCAUGCGGAUUCGCAAGUGAAUGCAUUGGAAGUAACGCCAGAUAAGUCAUUGAUUAUAGCUGGAGGCUAUCAGCAUAUUCGAAUGUACGAUAUGGUGUCAAAUACGCCUACAAUGAAUUUUGAAGGAGUAACAAAGAAUAUAACACGAAUCGGUGUCCAAGAAGAUGGUCGAUGGAUGUUCACCGGAGGUGAAGACUGUCGUGUUCGUAUCUGGGAUAUGAAAUCGCAAAUUUGUAAACGAGCCUUUGACUGUCAAACACCAAUAAAUGCGGUUACAUUGCAUCCGAAUCAAGUGGAGUUGGCGAUCGGGUCACAAGGCGGUCGCGUUUAUUUGUGGGAUGUAAAAUCCGAUGCACACGAGCAGUGCGUGCCCGAAGUAGAAGCUUCGGUUCAGGAUGUGGCAAUUAGCCCAGACGGAUUAUAUAUGGCAGCGGUGAAUAAUAAAGGGAACUGCUAUAUAUGGAAUCUAACUUCAAGCACCGAUACUCACUUAAGCACAUUGCAACCAAAGCAAAAGAUUGAAGCGCACAAAAGAUACGCACUACGGUGCAAAUUCAGUCCAGAUUCAAAGUAUUUGGUAACAUGUGCCGGAGACUCAACAGCUAAAUUGUGGAAAUCAGGAGAUUUCACAUUGUAUCGCACAUUUGAUAUUGAAACCGAUUAUUGGGUUUGGGAUGCAGCAUUCAGUGCUGACUCAAGGCGAUUGUUCACGGCUUCAUCCGAUGCAAAGGCAAGAUUGUGGAACAUCGAAACGGGAGAAGUUGAACUCGAAUAUAUUGGUCAUCAAAAACCAAUUACCUCAUUAGCUUAUAGGGAGUGAGAAACGCUAAUAGUUUUUAUGUGCAUUUAUUUUAAUUCAUAACAAUGAAACUUGUUCGGUACAAAAAUACAUGUUUCAAAACCUUUUUCAACAACCAA